ACCCAACGCUUCCAUCUUCUCUGGCGUAAACGGAGCACCGUACGCAGUUCAAACACCGACGGCCGGGAAACAAAAUAGUGAACGGAACUUCUUGAUUCGAGUUUAUUGCACAGAUUAUGGCAUAUGCCGAGCCUAUACAUGGAAUAAGGGAGCCAAUGCAAGUCAGUACUGCUCCUAGAAAACCCCGAAUUCUGCUUGCAGCAAGUGGAAGUGUAGCUGCCAUAAAGUUUGGGAACCUCUGCAGCUGUUUCUCAGAUUGGGCGGAUGUAAAAGCCGUUGCAACACAGGCGGCUUUACAUUUCAUUGAUCGAACAUCACUUCCCAAGGAUGUGAUUCUUUAUACCGAUGAGCAUGAAUGGUCCUCUUGGUCCAAGAUAGGAGAUAGUGUGCUUCACAUAGAGCUCCGUCGGUGGGCUGAUAUAAUGGUAAUCGCCCCAUUGUCAGCAAAUACGCUUGGCAAGAUUGCUGGUGGACUGUGUGACAACUUGCUGACAAGCAUCAUCCGAGCGUGGGACUAUGAAAAACCUAUUUUUGUGGCGCCCGCUAUGAACACAUUUAUGUGGACCAACCCGUUCACGGAAAGGCAUCUUAUGUCGAUCGAUGAAUUGGGAAUCACGCUUAUACCACCCGUCUCAAAGAGGCUCGCUUGUGGUGACUACGGAACCGGUGCAAUGGCUGAACCGUCACUCAUCUUCUCCACCGUACGACUUUUCCUGGAAUCACGACAAAACGCAAGUAGCAGUAGAACACACUGAAUGUUUUCAUUAAUGUUACCCUUUUCUAAAUCAUGUUUGAUGCUCCAUGAAAGAUUUGAAUUUUUGAUGAUGUUUGGAAUAUUUGUAAAGUGAGCAUACCCAAAUGAGAAUUGUGGUUCCGAACU